AUGUCGACGAGGCAGAUCAUCGCUGACCCAGCCGAUGGCGCUCGAUUAGACGGUGGUGGUCUCGGUCUUAGAUUGCGGAGCUCUUUCAUGCUCAGCGCGGUUUCCAUCGGCAUUCGUCCAGGAAUAGCGGUCGUCUUCACUAGUCGUGGAAAAAGUUUUGCAAGAUUGAUCCUGUCAACUUGGCGAUUUCUUCCUGUUUCGGGGUGGUUUUCUGGAUGGGAAGAAAUUGAAGUUAUCGCGAAGGAUGGAAAGUGGAAGCUUCUCGCAGAUCAUGGUGUGGAAAGACUAAGGGAUGUCCAACCACAAUUAAUUAAACUACUGCCUUCAUCAUGUUUCCGUUCGACAAUGUCAAGGAUUACAACCAUCAAAGCUGCAGGUCCUCAGACCCGACUGGAGCCGCACCUGGACGUUGGCGAUGCUUACAACUUCCAAAACCAUGUUACCGGCAGAAGUCAGUUGGCUUGGAUCAAGGGCAAGUGUCGAACACAGGAAAGCGUUAGGCUGAACCAACAGCUCGGCCCCGACGUGUCCACCGCUGUGUUCCUCGCAGUUGUCGAAGGCCAUGAAAAGUUUUUAUCAGCCAAGACAUUAGCCACUCGCCCAGGCGACCGAUACGCUCUUUGA